CUUUUUGUUACAUUAUGAAUAAAGUGGAACAGGGAAAAGCUUUGGUGCCUAUCAUUGCUGGUACAACUGUGGCUUUAUAUAUCUCUUACAAGAUACUCCAUUCCUUACUUCAUAGUAAAAAUAAGUUUAGCAAGGAUAUUCCAGCGCCUGGCUCUGCUUACCCUUAUGUAGGCCAUUUAUUUUCUCUGGGAGAUAUGCCAGCUGAAACGGUUUCUCAAUGGCAUAAAGAACUGGGCCCAAUUAUCCAAUUACGUAUGGGAGUUCAAACAUGGGUUUCCAUCGAUAGUCCUGCAUUAGCCCACAAAGUAAUGGUAACUAAUGGUAGCAAGGCUUCACAUAGAAACGAAAACGAGUUUGCCUAUAAUUUGUACAGUUUUGGAGGAAAAGGCGUUGUUCAUUCACAACCCAAUGCUGCGUGGAAGAAAGUGAGAGCAGCAGUUGCUGCGGCUAUUGCACCUUCUCAAAUCGAGCUUCACAUGGCUUCUAUCCAGAAUGAAGCGAAAAAAUUGGUGGAUACACUUUUGGAAACAUCCGAAAAGACGAACGUUGGUAUCUUUCCGUUUAAAGAUUUGCAGUUGUAUGUUAUGAACACUGUCACAUUAAUUGGAUUUGGAAGGACAUUUCCUGCUAAAGAUGAUCCAACGUUUAUCGAUGUAUCUAGCACAAUUGAUGAAGGCUUUUUACUUAGUGGUGUAGAGUGUGACAUGGCAAACUAUUUACCAAUUUUCACUAUCCAUAACUAUCUUACAGGUAUUCGAAAAGUUCUUAUCAAGUAUUUGGCAGAAAGACGUGAUCCUGUUUUCGGUUCCUUGAUCAAGGAAGCACACCAUGCCGAUGGACCAAAUCUCGUAAAAUAUCUAAAAGAAAAUGGUUACGAUUUAUCUGAAGAAGAAACUUUGGUUAUCUUUUCCGAUUUAACUGGUGCAGGAACGGACACAAAUUCCGUGUAUUUAUGUUGGACGAUUGCCAUCAUGUGUAACUAUCCAGAGGCCCAAAAAAGAAUAGCUGCUGAAAUCGAUAAUUUUGUCGAGCAUCAUGGUCGUCUUCCCCUUUUCAGUGAAAGGUUGGAGUUGCCUUUUUGUAUCUCUGCCAUGAAAGAAUGUAUGAGAUAUAAACCUAUUACGGCAUUCGGCAUUCCUCAUUUAGCUAAUGAAGAUAUUGAAGUUGAUGGAUAUAUCAUUCCCAAAGGCGCUACUAUUAUCUCCAACAUGGUCAGCAUGCAUAAAAACCCAGAAUUCUAUCCAGACAGGCCCGAAGAGUUUGUUCCUGAAAGGUUUAUAAACGCACUAGGAACAUCCGUAGCUGCUUCUAAAGGCAAAGUGGAAGACCGUGAUCAUUUCAACUUUGGAUGGGGAAGACGUAUUUGCCCUGCAAUUCAUAUGGCUGAAGUGGAAACGUUUGUUGGAUUUGUUGAAUUAAUGUCUCGCUGCUUUAUUGAGCCUGGAGAGGAUGGUAUGCCUAACAUAAACAAGGCAGAAAAUGGGGGUAUCGUUGUUUCACCGAUACCUUACAAAGUCAAAUUCACAAAACGCAAAAAUUAAACUUUGAGGUCAAUUUACAAUAAAUGC